AUGGCUAGUUCUUUAAGAAGUACUGCACAGCUUAUAAGUUAUGAAUUAAUAUUAAGUUCUGCUAUAUUACUUGUUAUUCUAUUAACAGGUUCUGUAGCAGAAACAAACAGAGCUCCUUUUGAUUUAGCAGAAGCAGAAUCAGAAUUGGGAAACAGAAACGCGGCUUUAAACGGAGCUAUGUUUACUAUCUUACUGGCUUUAGUUUUCACUGCAUUUCAAGGUGUUGAAUACUCCGUAUCUUCAUUCACCUUAUCAGAUGGAGCAUAUGGUUCAUGUUUUUACUUUGGAACUGGUUUCCACGGAAUACAUGUUAUUAUUGUAGCUGUUGCAGCUGGCUUAGAAAUUCCAGAGGAUUUACCGGGUAUUGAACCUCUUAGUAUUUAA